AUGUGGUCCCGACAAUUAUUUCUCGUUGGAAUUUUUACUUUAACUAUUCUAGCAACACAAAGUCAUGUGAUUCAUAAACGAGGUUUAAUUAAAAAAAUGUUUAGUGGUGAUAAACAAUCAACUCGUGAUGUUGAAGCCGAUAUGACACCAAAAGAACGAUCAAAAUAUCGUGAAUUACUUAAAAAUCCAAUCGUUAUUUCAAUGCUUAGUGCUGCUGUUGGUAUGGUUGUUCAACAAGCAUUAGCUGCAAAAAAUAUGAAUGAUGUAUGUGACAAUAAAUAUAUUAAAAUGGCUUAUAUGGCUGGUAAUAUAAAUCCUCAAAUUCAACAAGCACUUAAUUUACUUGGUUGUAAUGGACCUAAUCGAAAAUCUGGUGGUAAUAAUAAUUCAAAAGAUAAAUAUGGUGCAGCUACUACUCCUGCGUCGAAGAAAAAUGGAGAUGAUGACGAUGAAGAAGCAGGAGAUGCUGAAGAUGAAAAUCAAGAAGAUACGGAUAAUUUAGAAAGUCGUGUUCCACCUGAAAAGGAAUCGAAAUUAAAAGAACUACUUAAUGUUGCACGUGGUGAAAAAGGUGCUAAAACUAAACUUAUUAAAAGUUUUUUUGGUUUCGGUUCAAAAGAUAAAACGUUCAAAUCAGGUCAUAAAAUACCACAAUCAUCAUACAAAUUAGACAAAGAUGAUGCUAAUGCAAUGAAAAAUUUCAAUAAUGAACUUGAUCAACAUGAUAAAAAAUUCUAA